AUGACCUGCUGUGGCUGUUCAGGAGGCUGUGGCUCCAGCUGUGGGGGCUGUGGCUCCAGCUGCUGUGGCUCCUGCUGCUGCAAGCCUGUGUGCUGCUGUGUGCCUGUCUGUUCUUGUUCCAGCUGUGGGGGCUGCAAGGGAGGCUGUGGCUCCUGUGGGGGCUGUGGCUCCUGUGGAGGCUGUAAGGGAGGCUGUGGCUCCUGUGGAGGCUGCAAGGGAGGCUGUGGCUCCUGUGGGGGCUGUGGCUCCUGUGGAGGCUGCAAGGGAGGCUGUGGCUCCUGUGGGGGCUGCAAGGGAGGCUGUGGCUCCUGUGGGGGCUGUGGUUCCUGUGGAGGCUGCAAGGGAGGCUGUGGCUCCUGUGGAGGCUGUAAGGGAGGCUGUGGCUCCUGUGGAGGCUGCAAGGGAGGCUGUGGCUCCUGUGGAGGCUGUGGCUCCUGUGGAGGCUGCAAGGGAGGCUGUGGCUCCUGUGGGGGCUGUGGCUCCUGUGGAGGCUGCAAGGGAGGCUGUGGCUCCUGUGGGGGCUGCAAGGGAGGCUGUGGCUCCUGUGGGGGCUGUGGUUCCUGUGGAGGCUGCAAGGGAGGCUGUGGCUCCUGUGGAGGCUGUAAGGGAGGCUGUGGCUCCUGUGGAGGCUGCAAGGGAGGCUGUGGCUCCUGUGGGGGCUGUGGCUCCUGUGGAGGCUGCAAGGGAGGCUGUGGCUCCUGUGGGGGCUGCAAGGGAGGCUGUGGCUCCUGUGGGGGCUGUGGUUCCUGUGGAGGCUGCAAGGGAGGCUGUGGCUCCUGUGGAGGCUGUAAGGGAGGCUGUGGCUCCUGUGGAGGCUGCAAGGGAGGCUGUGGCUCCUGUGGGGGCUGUGGCUCCUGUGGAGGCUGCAAGGGAGGCUGUGGCUCCUGUGGGGGCUGUGGCUCCUGUGGGGGCUGCCAGUCCAGCUGCUGUCAGUCCAGCUGCUGCAAGCCCUGCUGCAGUCAGUCCAGCUGCUGUGCCCCUGUGUGCUGCCAGUGUAAGAUCUGA